AUGGGAAGAGUAGAUAAAGCAGCGAACGAACUGAUCAUUCAUGGUUACACUAUCCUUCCAAUUGCUACACGAUUCAGACCAUUCCAAUUGACUCUCGUAUUCGUUGCUCUGUCGAACAUCCUCGUUCUUCCGCCAUCAUUCUUUCCAGGGCUACGCAAGAAUUUAGUGCGCGAUGAAUUAGAGAGUUCUGUAAAGAUUUCGGCUCUAUUUCGCUUUGCUUGCGCAGUAACCCUCACUCAAAGGAAGCCAUCAGCACAAAGACCACGAGUCUCUGAUUGUAAGCCUGGGUGCGCGUUGCGCGCUGCGUCGACUUUGCGCUCCACUAGGGCAGCAGCGAAUGGCCCUCGCCAGUUCGAUUACGGCGAUUAUCAAACCCACCACUACACCGACGAUUAA